GGGGUAUGCCGUUGGCCGGCAUUUCAUCCUCGGAGGGGCAUGGAGGCCGUUUGUAUAAAUGGGGGUUAGAGAAGCAGGUCAUUUUGCGAUGAAUAAGAGUUAUUGAAUCUGUUAUGUCAACAACCCUCUGAAAUAUGACUUCUUCUGAGAAAACAUCCAUGGAAAAGACAAUGACUGACGGUGGUGAUGUCGUCGUGCAGACGGUGUCGCAGGCGGAGAUUGAAAAGACUGAGACUGUGCCUUUGCCUGUCUGGACUCCAGAAGAGGAGCAGCGUCUCGUGAAGAAGAUUGACAGACAUCUUAUGCCGCUGCUGCUGUUUUCCUACGCGCUGCAGUUCUUCGACAAGACGACUCUGGGAUACACAGCUAUUCUGGGUAUUCAGCACGAUACCAACCUCCACGGCACAGAUUUCUCCUGGGUCUCCUCCAUCUUCUACUUUGGCUACCUCAUCGCCUCGUACCCUGCCUCACUUGCCCUCGUCAAAUUCCCCAUUGGCAAAUUCCUCACGGUUUGUGUCAUAAUCUGGGCUGUUGUCCUUGGAGCCCACGCUGGCGGCCAGAAUUUUGGUGGUCUCAUGGCGCUACGCUUCAUUCUCGGUGUCUUCGAAUCGUCCAUCUCUCCCGGCUUCUCUCUUGUUACCACUCUCUGGUACAAGCCGUCCGAGCAUGCCUCUCGUCACGGUAUCUGGUUCGCUGGCAACACAUCAGCCUCUGUUGUUGGAGGCUUGCUCGCUUACGCCAUCAGCCACAUCAAAACCAACAUUGCCGCCUGGCGCUGGCUAUUCAUCAUCUUUGCUCUCGUUACCUUCUUCUGGGGCAUUAUUCUGCUCAUCUUUCUUCCUGACACGCCUCUCAACGCACGCUUCCUGACGCCCGAAGAGCGCGUCUACGCCCACCGCCGCCCCCAGCAGAAAACGCGAAGCUUCAAGACGAACGAAUGGAAGAAAGAUCAAUUCUUCGAGGCUUUGAAAGACCCAAAGACCUGGUUGCUCUUCUUCUUCACCAUCUGCACCUGCAUUCCCAACGGUGGAUACACCUCGUUUAACAGUCUUAUUAUUCAAGGAUUCGGCUUCGAUACGCUUACCACGCUGCUGCUUGGCAUGCCCGGUUCUGCUUUCGGCUUAUUCUUUGUUCUUUCCAGCACCUAUUUCGUCCAUCGCGUCAAGUAUUCUCGUUGUGCCGUCAUGGCUGCCAUGCAAAUCGUCUCUCUGAUUGGCUGCGUCAUGGUCUAUGCCACACCAACAGACCACAAAUGGACAAGACUAGGCGGUAUCUGGCUCUUCCCAGCUUACUCUGCCGCCUUCCCCAUCUCUCUUUCUAUUAUCGGCUCCGACAUUGCAGGAUACACCAAGAAGACGACCGUGUUGGCCAUUCUUUUCAUUGGCUACUGCGCAGGCAACAUUGCAGGCCCGCAGCUCUUCCUCACCAAGGAAGCUCCUAGAUAUAACACAGCAUUCCAGGGUAUUUUGGUCUGCAUUUCCGCUGCUACAGUCAUCAUUCUCGUGCUCCGACAAUAUAUGGCCUGGGAGAACAAGCGCAGAGACCGCGCACAGGGUGUACACAUUGAUCCUGAAUUGGAAAAGGAGGACCCCGACAGCCACUUGGUGCGCGACGGUGUUGAUGAAACAGACUGGCAGAAUAAAAAGUUCCGCUACUACCUUUAAAUCGCGAGUAUGGUUUUACUUUGCUUCAAUUUUGAAGGAGUCAUCCGUAGAGCAGCGGAGUUUGUAUGGCUAGAAUACUGUCGUUAAUGUUACUCGACCAUUUUCACUACUGUAAUAUAUUAAAAACACUAAAAAUAAUAAUUAAAAAGUCGAUC